AUGGUGACGCGGGUCGAAGUUGGCUCCUUAGCUUCCCUGACCGGGAUGCCAAGCCUCGGUGAGAUCACCAAGGAGGAGACCCUGAAGCGGACCUACUUCUGCCAGACUGGCGAUGCCUCAGGAGCUCCCUUAGCACGGACUUUGGAAAGAAAAAAUCCUCUUAGGAACCAGGGCCACUUAUUCCCUCUGCCGAGAGUUGCACCCAAACCCUUCUCCAAGGAGAAGGCCCCUGAUGUGAAAUCUCCCACUGUGUCUGUGAGGCCUGGUCUGAGCAGGCCGUCUUCUUCCAGUGAGUUCUCCCAGGACGUGGUGGAAAAAUGUCCGGAUGAGAAGAUGCCCACGUUGGUGGAGCAGGAGCCAGGUGGUGGGGAGGGCCCAUCAAGAAACUUAUCUCUGUUCACCAAGACCCCAUUCCAGCGAACCAACCCCAACACUGUGAUUCUCUUUGAAACAAUCAAAACUGGGCCCAGUCUAGGAAAGGGGGCAGAUGAGGGGACACAGGAGGCCAGUGCUGGGGUAUCCCACCAGACCCUUUCAGGCUCCCAGCCUAAGGUGGCUGCCAAACCUGCCCUGCCAUCCCGGAAGCCUAUGGGGACCUUUCCCCGACCCACUUCGCUAUCAGAGGGAACAAAACCAGGUGCGACCCAACAGGAGAGCGGUCCAAAGGAAACUCUUUUGAAGGCCAGUAGCAUGGAGGAGGCCAGGCCACGCCUGAAAAGAAGGCCCACGUCGGCUAUUUUCAUAGAAUCCACACAGCCUCAGAAACUGGCUCCUGGCAGAGCUGCCAUGGUGGGGCGACCUCCGCCCACCCCUCCUGAGAAGAGCUGGCUGAGGAAGCCACGGCCUUUGUCCAUGGACCUCACUGCCCCUUUUGAGAGCCGAGAGGUCUUGCUUCAGAAGGUGGCCAACAAUGGAAACGGGGCGACGGCAGGUUCUGUUUCCUGGUGUCGGGGCACAGAGAUAUCCAACCAUGAGCUCAAAGUGGAUGGGGAGUGUUUGGCCAAGACAAAGUGUCCUCUUCAUGACCAGAAUUCAGACUUCCUGGAGGUGACCAAGAAACCCCGGGACCAGAAGGAAAUGAUGCUUUUCAAGGAGUCAGAGACGGGCUGCCCCAGCACUCCAGGGAGCUCAGCCAAGGUCACCCCCAAAGAUGACCAGAGCCUUUGGAAAGAGAAAGCCAAGCCAGAGAAGGCACUCGAGUCCCCUUCACCCAAGUCUGGAAAGGGUCAAGAAUCUGCAAAGGUCCAGAGCAGAGUUGCUGAUGGGGGAUCCAUGGAACGGGGAGAGCGAACCACUAGGGGGAGCAUUAAGAAGCGCAUCAGCCUGUUUGGGGAGGAAUCUGCCUUGGCCUUGGCAGCGGGGUCUUCACCCCCUCUGGCUACCCCUGAGCCUCCCUCAGCAGCUCCUGAGCCGGCGAAAAGAUGUCUGAGUGUCCAGGAGCGGAUCAAAGGUUGGGCUGCGGAUAGCAUGGAGACAAAGCCAGAGAUCAGGAAGAAGGCAAUCCAGACGAAGCCGCUGCCCGCAGAUUUGACCAAAAUGUUUACAAGCCCUGCUUCGAGUCAGGAAGUCAGAUAUGAGAAGUGUCCCGAACCAAGUAACGAGCAUCCAAAGGAUUCGAGAGCAAAGCUGAAGGAAGAACCUGGUUUGGAUGGAGCAUCUGCUCCAAGAAGCCCCUGGAAGCCUGGGACACUCCGUGAGAAGGCCAGGCAGACAGAAUGGAAAGACAGCUCUAGCCAAGCACCGGACAACCGUCUGUGUGAGAAGGUGGCGGGGUCCCCGUGCACUCCUGAUGUCACUCCAGAAGACAAUGGAAACUUCCAGACUGUGUGGGCCACAGUGUUUGAACAUCACGUCGAGAGACACACUGUGGCUGACCAGACAAGACGUCCCUGUCCCUCGGCCACAGUCCUUGGUGAUGUGUCCGACAGCCGUGUCUCAGAAUUUAGACUUGGGCCCGACAGAGGCUCUUGGCCGGGGAAGGUCCCCCUAGAAAAGACAAACCCCAAGAAAGAGAACUCUAGGUUGUUCGAAAGUCCUGAGGCCAAAAAAUUAGGAUGGGCAGCCCUUUCAAAUGGAGACCGGAAACAGGAUCACACGCACCUCCCGGAAAAACAGAGUGAUGACCCCUUCUAUAAGUAUUCAGAAAAUCCUCCCACAUCCCAAAGGGUUGAGCCAAAGUAUGACAUUGUGCACACAGUUAGGGAGCGUGCCCACAGUGAGGCAGUUCCCACGGCUCCAGAGGAGAAGGCUCUGACGCUCCGGAGCGGCCCAUCUUGCCUCUUGCAGAAGGACAGCCAGUUGUCUCUUGAGGUCCCUGCUGCAGUCCCACAGGGCAGUCGGGAAGGUCGACCUCGAUUCUUCCAAAGGGCCAGUUUGAUUUGGGAAGCUCAAGGAACGCAGGGGCCAAGGCUUGACUUUCGAGAACUGAAAGAUGGGUUUGGGCGCAGCUGCUCAUCACCCAAGUGGACAGGCGGGGCUGUGGUGGCCAGUGAAGAGACGAGUGUGGAGCUGAGCCCUGCGGUUGUUUGCAAGGGUUCAGCCAGAGCCUGGGCGCCAGAGGCCACCACUGUGAAGACAAUGAAGACCAGCAUCCAGGAGGUCCAGCCUGAACAACGUGAAGGAGCCAGAAAUAAGCCCAGAAGCUCCGUUUCAAGGGAAGAGAGGGGUUCACCCCAGGGCUGGCCUCAAGAUCCUUCUUCCAGGGCCAAAGAACAGCCCUUUGAUUUCGAAGCUCAGGCGUGUUCAGGUUCAUUGUCUGUGAAUAAGGGACCCCUCAUUGUGGCUGCCAGUGAAGGUAACCAGAGGCCAGUUCCGAUGCCACAGCUAGAAGUGAAGAUGCGUAAAACCAGUCACACAGACCAGAGAAUGGACAGAUGGAGGCGUCGGACUUUACCCCAUGAUGUGAAGUUUGAGGAAUUCAGCUUCCUUACCCCAGACAAUUCUUCGAAGGAGGAGCUGAGGAAAACAGAGUUUUUGACCCCUACAAUGGUUGCCUUAAGAAAAUCUCAACUGUCCCAUAAUAGGGCAGGAACUCCAGAGGUAAACCUAGGUCUGCCACUGGACCAGACUCUUCCACCGGGUAAGCAAGGGUCACCUGUGGAAACCAAGGCAACAUUUUUUGCAGUAACAUAUCAGAUUCCAGAUGCUCAGAAAACCAAGAGUGUUGUGAAGUCAGGGCCUGAGAAGGUGACAGAACAUUCUAGAAAAACAGCUUCCCCUCCAUCUUCUUAUUCUGCUUCAGUUUCUCUUAACGAUCAAGAGCCAUUGGAGUCUGGGAGCAGUAAAACCUGGAUUAAGGGAAGAGAGCAUGAAAAUGUCAGCGUUUCAAAGACUCUGAAGCCAGCCAACCGCCCAUCACCUCUCAGGGAUACCAUUACGGAGCCUUCUAGCGAACGGAUCAUUGAUGUCGAUGCUUUAUGGAUUCGUCGGCGGUCAGAAGAUGUCACUGGUUUCCAGAACUACUGGAAGGACAGUGGGGACAAGAUGUCCUCUAGCAACAUUCCUCAAACCACCCCAACUUUCAAAAGUCACACAAAAGCUGGAAAUCUUGUUAGGCGGAAGACCGAUGUGGUCAGCAAGACAGUCCCUGGUAAAAUCAACGACAGCUACCGAUCCAGUGUCCUGGACAUUGAUGCCUUGAUGGCAGAGUACAAAGACCAGUCGGCAAAAGGCCCCAGGGAGUCUCAAGAUCAUAACGAGAGUCCCAAGGCCCAAGUCAGCAGCUUGUCCCCGGGAAGGCCAGGCCAUCGAGGGAGACCGGAAUGGGGGAGGAAGAGCCUGAAGGAGGCACCCCAAGCAGAGGGCCUUUGGAAACAGGCUAGUUUGGCUGAAACAAACCACAGUUCCACCUCUAACUCUGGCAAGCAGCCACUAACGACCCUGGAUUCAGCCAGGGACAUUAAACAUAACCCUCCUCUGUGGGCCUUGCCACAUCCAGCUCCUGAAAGAGACUUAGAGACUUCUUCUGGUCCCAUGGAGUCUAAGAAAAAAGCCUCUGUUAGUAAAUAUAGCAGUGCCAAGUGUCAGAGCUACCUUGCUGAGUCUAAGUCCAAAGUAUCUAAAUCUCCGCCUGCUGACCGGAACAAAGGGACUUCAAAGAAAUCCAGCAGGAAGGGAGAUGAGGGCAGUGGGGUCAUGUGGGGAGACCACCCACAGGACAGUGGAAAGUCACCGCUGGACGUCAAGAGGGCCUCUUCAGAGAAGGGUCCCCCUGCGAAAAUCCGAGAGGGUCUGGCCAUCAUGCAGGAAGCCAGAGAGAGGAGGCGAGUGGAGCCAGAAGGGAAGCCCAGCUUCCCUGGGGGGAGUCCAGAGGCAAAGGAGACCAAAGCGAGGCCCUCUCGGUGGGAGUCGGGGACUCGAGAUGGCCACAAGGUGCUGCAGCUGGACUUGGGCAAGGAGGGUGACCUCCAAGACAAGGAGCAGCCAGUCCAGCAGGUAUCGCCUGCUGCCCUGAGUCCACGGAGAAGCCACAGCUUCUGCAAGGACAAGAGGAGCGGGCCCUUUGUGGACCAGCUGAAGCAGUGUUUUUCCAGGCGGCCGCCCGAGGCCAAGGACACAGACUCCCUUGUACAGGAAGCUGACAGCCAGUAUGGGACGUGGACGGAACAGCGUCAGAGUGGGGAGAGCUUGGCCCCCAAGUCCUCGUCCCCAGACAGCAGUGCCACAUCGACACGGAGACAGCCACCCAGCAGCCGCUUGUCCUCUCUGUCAUCCCAGACAGAGCCCACCUCAGCUGGGGACCUGAAUGAUGGCUCCAGGGGGCAGCGAAGCACCAGUGUGGACCGCUCAAGUGCCGACCUGGACUCCACCGAUGGGACAGAGGGACCACCCCUGCCAGAUGCCUGCUCCACUCAGAGAAUGGAUGACUUCUCCUUCAUUGAUCAAACCUCAGUCCUUGACUCAAGUGCCCUAAAGACUCGGGUGCAGCUUAACAAGAGAAGCCGCCGCCGGGCUCCCAUCUCCCACUCCCAUCGGCGCAGCCGACUCAGUGAAUCCGAAAGCAGGUCCCCUUUGGAGGAGGAGGUGGACAGCAUGUGGAUGUUCAAGGACUCAACAGAAGAGAAAUCCCCCAGGAGGGAAGAGUCGGAUGAAGAGGAGAAUCCUCCCAGAGCUGAAAGGACACCCACCAGCCAUCCUCAGAGGAUGCCCGCAUUCCCAGGCAUGGAUCCAGCUAUGCUCAAGGCUCAACUGCACAAGCGGCAAGAGGUAGACAGUCCUGGCGAGAACCUCCCCCGGACCCCCCAGCCCAAGACACCCAAGUCCCCCUUCCAGCCUGGUAUGCUGGGCAGCCGUGUCCUGCCUCCGAGUGUGGACAAGGAUGUGUGGUCAGAGGAGUCGUCUCCCCAGUGGCUAAAGGAGCUGAAAUCCAAGAAGAGACAAAGUCUGUAUGAGAACCAAGCUUGA